GAUCGGGGGUAUGUAUAUUCCGGACUUGAGAGUAGGCAGAUUCAUGAAAACAGGCUCAAAUAUUUCCGUGUAAGUUUUCUUUGGUGUCUAGGAAACGGCAGAGCUCAGUAUGCUGUGCAGUGGGUUGUGGUAUUGUGGAGGAGAAUGGAAGGAUUAUUUGGUAUUUGGAGAUAGAUUACAAAGAACUGAUAAUAUGGUUCCGGGAGUUGUGGUAUGAUCAAAUUAAGAGAUGAUGCUUCGAAUUAAGUCUGCAUCUCCGCGAAUUGAAGAUUCUCUGUGGACUACUUUGUCUCUCGUAUGUUUGAAGACAGCAAAUAGUUCGAGCCUACUUUUUUGAAAGUGGCAAGGGAUCAAAACAUCAGAGACUAUUAUUCAGGUUCCUUAGGCUAUUAAUUGUGUUUAUUCAAAGCAGAGUGCCGGAGGUACAUAUAGAAAAGUGUGAAUGGGAAAACCAACUGCUGACUUGGAUGUCUUCGAAAAAAGUGACUCAAGUGAGAAAUCGAUUGCUAGAUCCACUGCAGGGGAGCUUGCUUUGCAAUGAUGCAGAUUGUUGGAAUCUUGUGCCUUUGUUUUUCAUUUGUCGCAAUCCGGGCAGCUAGCUACGAAAUCACAAGCAAAGUACCUGGAAAUGUGACAAUCGGUGGCUUGGUACCUAUUCAUCCACUUGGAGCUCAGGGACAGUGUAAUCUCACAAGUUUUGAAGGUGCUGCUGGAAUGCUUCGUCUAGAAGCGAUGAUUUACACUGUUAAAGAAAUUAACAAUAACAAGACGUUCCAUCCCGUCAAUCUUGGCCUAGAAGUCAGAGACAGCUGCAAUAUUGAAGCAAAAGCUUUGGAAGAGUCUCUCAAUUUCGUCAUAGACAAAGUGCCAGACGUCUGCCAAGGAAACCACAGCAACCAAACAGGCAAGUCUGGAAAGCUAGCCGCAGUGGUGGGUGCCACAAAAAGCUCCGUCACUGCACAAGUAGCCAAGCUGCUCCGACUGUUCAAAAUUCCCCAGAUCUCGUACGCAUCCACAAGUGAAGAACUGAGUGACAAAACCAAAUACAACUUCCUUUUGCGCACUGUUCCUUCGGAUAAGUACCAAGCACGCGCUAUGGCAGAUUUUGUGGCUGAAAAGCUCAAGUGGAAGGCCGUUUACGGUCUUUAUGAAGAGGGAACGUACGGCGAGAAUGGUAUGGAGAAAUUCAAGAAUGAAGCAAAGAGACGUGGUGUUUGUGUGGUUGAUAGUAAAGCAGUGAAAAGAGACAACGACCUGCCUGCCAGAUUGAAGAGUAUUCUGGAUCAUUUCCUUAAGGAAAGUGAUGUUAUUGGAGUUGUGUUAUUUUGUCAUCAGGAGGUUAUCAACGAGUUACUUAGUGUCUUGAGACAAGAUAAAAAUUUACGAAAUCGCUUUUAUUGGGUAGGUUCAGACAGCUGGGGGCUCUACACUGGCUCAUACAAAAACCUUGAAAUCAACGUAACGGUAUUCUCCCUGCAUGAUCAUUCCAAGCAGCUUCUUGGUUUCAAGGAUUAUUAUAGAAAACUUGAACCAGGUGAAAAUUCACUAAACCCUUGGUUUGACAAGUUUUGGUGCUGGAAAUGUCAACAGGAGGUGAAAAAGAACCCAAAAUAUACAGAGAAGGCCAAAAACCUUUGUCCAUGUGAGGGCCUGCGGUAUUUGGGACAUAAAACUGGAAAGGAAGAUGACGAGAAUUUAAGGUUUGAAUUUUGCGCGAAUAACGAUACGUGUUUUCACGAUGACAAGGUAGCUUAUGUAAUCGACGCCCUCUAUGCUAUCGCUUAUGCAUUGAAAAAUCUUUAUAGUGAAAAAUGCCCUAACGUGACCGACAACAAUGCUUUGUGUAUCCGAAACCUGAAAAUUGAGACAACAGAGUUUUUUGAUUCGUACCUAAAAAAGGUAGUAUUCCAGGGUGUGACGGGACAUGUUUCGUUUAACGAGAGCGAGCUCAAAGGAGUUUAUGAUAUUAGCAAUUUGAUAAGCGGGAGUUUUGAGACAGUGGGGAUCUGGAAGGCAGAGAAUGGCGGCAGUCUAGUCAUGAAUGGUCGCUGGAAGCAGGCAGAGAUUCGAUCCCAGUGUGCAAAGAACUGCUCAGCCGGAAGCGUCAGGAAGACGCGCGGAGGUAAGAUUUGCUGUUGGGAUUGCAUAAGGUGUGCGAAAACUCAAAAAGUUGUCAGCCUUUACCGCUGUCAGUCCUGUGGAAGUGGGUACAGAUCAAACGAGACUUUUGAUGGCUGCGUCAAAAUUCCCGAGGUUCAUUGGGAUCACGGUUGGCUGGUAGCAAUCGCCUUCCUAGCGUCAGUUGGAUGUGGCCUAACUUUUUUUGUGUUUGUUGUGUUUUUUCGUUUUCGCAACACCCCAGUCAUUAUGGCCGCCAGUAGGGAGUUAUCGUACACGCUUUUGCUUGGCAUUACCUUAUGCUAUUCUCUGACCUUUUUCAUGGCAGCUUGGCCCAGUACACUGACAUGUGGAGUCCUUCGCUUUGGCACUGGGUUUUCAAUGAGUUUGUGCUACGCUGCGCUGCUUGUCAAAACCAGCCGCAUUGCUCGUAUUUUCUCAGGAAAACCAGAUCCGCUGUUUAUAACCCCCAAGUGGCAACUCGUAUUGACCGGGAUGCUUGUUAUGCCGCAAGUUUUGAUUGGUGUUGUUGGAUUGAUGAUAAAGAGGCCUAAAGUUGAAAAGGAUUACAAGUCAAUCACUGAAACAGUUGUACGUUGCAGUGCUGAUACAAAUGAUCUAAUUGUUUCCAUUUCCUACAAUAUUUUGUUGAUAGUUUUGUGUACAGUUUAUGCCUUCCGCACUCGCAAGGUUCCAGAAAACUUUAACGAGGCAAGGUUUAUCGGUUUUGUCAUGUACACAGCCUGUGUUAUUUGGCUUGCCUUUCUACCACUGUUCUACGGGUCUAGCUACGAGUACCGCGGAGUUUCUCUCUGUCUCAAUCUCAUCCUCAAUGCAACAACCAUUCUUUUUGGACUCUUUGGCAUCAAGAUGUACAUUGUUUUGCUCAGGCCAGAAAAGAACACGAGAGCUAAUUCGAAAGCGAGAUCAUUCUCGUUUCCAUCAGACUCAAAUGGUCACGACAAGGAGAAUUCAUUGCAAGAAGCCAAAGAAAACCGUAUUAAGCCUGGAAAGCGCCACCGCAGAAACAACAGCAGCUCAACAAUAUCAAGUGGAUAUCUCGUAAACUACGCAACAGAUGGACCCUACAUCUCCCGUGGCUCGAAUGCAAGUUUGUCUGCUUUGGGGACGCGAGACAUUUCAUUCAACUGAUAUUGAAGUUGCUGUCCAUAAAGCAAAGAUAUAUUCUGUUUCUACCUUUCUCAAUGUUUCAUCCCGAGCGAGUGGCGUUGAGCUGUAGUAGUAAGCCAUAUAUUUUGGUAUGUUCUUGACUAUAAGCAUUAAUAAGCAAUAGCAUUAGGUAAUAGCGGUGGAGAGUUAAAAGAAGAAGCUGCCAGUUUUGAGCAAUAAUAUUAAGCAAUGUAAUGAACCGAUCAUUGCACAGGAAAUAGGUUUAGGAAUUAGGAAAAGAACGUCAAUACACAGGGCAUUAGCAUUUGAUAAUAUUGCUAGGCAAUAGCAUUGAUCGUUAUUAUCAAGUGACAGUUUUUGGCAACAGCAGUAAGCCACCACAGUGAGUAGAUGGUAUACUAAACAAUAGCAUUGAGUGAUAAUAUUAGGGGAAUAUUACACAGAGCAAUAGCAUUUGGUAAUAUUACUAGGCAAUAGCAUUGAUCGUUAUUAUCAAGUGACAGUUUUUAGCAACAGCAGUAAGCCGUCACAGUGAGUAGAUGGUAUACUAAACAAUAGCAUUGAGUGAUAAUAUUUGGGGAAUAUUACCAAAAGCAAUAGCAAUAGACAAUGAUUUUGAACGAUUAUCGCUCAGGAUUUGGCAAAAAAAGUGUGAUAAUAGCACCGAGCGUUGAGUAGUUAUACUGAGUAGUUAUAGAAAGUGAUAUUGAUCAACUGUGUUUCGCAAUAGCUGCUCCUCGUAGAUGGAGUGUGCAGUUUUGAAAGCACGUCUUCAGGGCCUACUCAACCUUCCCAAAGAUAUCGUAUAAAGUAGAUGUCCAAGCAGAUACUUGACGAUAAAGGUCCUUUGAACGGGGUUUUUAAUGCGACUGAAUGUAGAUCAGAAUCUACUUUUCAGGUACAAAAAUAUAACUGGUAUCUUGGUUUCCGUUUUCAGUUGUCAAAGGAUAAAAUCACGUGUAUUAUGUAUAGAUUUCGCAUAUUUUCGUAGAGCUCUUUCUAAGAGUUUAAUAUAUUUGAUUGGUAGAGUCAACGGGUAACAUAAAAUACGUAGUGCUGUCACAGUGGUAGACUUUCGGUUUAGUGAGCACGAUAAAAUUAUUUUUAGGCUUUUUGAAAACCUCACUGUGAUGUCACCCUUUCAUAGUGUUGGUUUUUUAUUAUUUUUUUAAAUCCUGCGUUUAUUUUUGACUUGGUUUCACUAGAAACUUGGUUGGUUUAUUCUCCGUAUUUUAUUUGCAAAAAAUAUGAUCUUUUUAUGUUUUUAAUCAUGACAAAUUGUUUGAAUAACAUAUUCAAACUUUCAAUCUUUAAAAAGUGAACCCAUUCUUUUCUUACAUUGUUUUUUAUUGUUUUUAUUAUAUCUAUAUUUCUUUAUAAAUAUGUAAUAUAUUUCUAUUGAUUCAUAUUUUUAUGAUUUCAUGAUGUUUCCAGUAAUUUAUCAUCUUUUCUUAAUAUAUUUUUCAUGUUACAAAGCAUAGUUAUCGGAUGAUUUUUUAAAACUUAAAUUGAUGUAUAUAAUAAAUGCAAUAUAUAUUUUUAAAUGAUUUAAAAUGAAUGCUUAUUUUCACACGCUAGAUUUGUUUAGAUAUCAUAAAGAGAUUGCUUUAAAGAUUUUUGUUAAAUAUCAACGGGCUAGUAAUAUAUUAAAGCAUUUUCCUGGACAAUGAUUGCUCGAUAAUUUAUACUUUAAUUGUGAACUUUGAUUUUCCAUCGCGCCAUACUGUUUAUAAUUUUAUACAAUGAAGCAUGUAGAUGUAGUCUGUCUUUAUUUUCAAAUAGUUUCUUGAAGAACGCAACAACAGAGUAUUUUUUAUAUUGAUAUUACAAAGAAAGAGGAUUAUUUAACAAGGUGAAAGGGUUUAGAAGACACUGCUGCUCGAGCAAUGGGUAUAAUGUCUUGGAUCUCUGAUGGAUCUCAUUUAGGAGCUUUAAAUAACUUGUCUUUCCAGUCCGAACUGUUCUCUUUCUGUAGGUUGUUUGAAACAAUUAUUCCGAAAUCAGAAAUGAAAAUGAAUUAUAGUAGCAGACAAAUCAACCAUCGUUAAUCGAAAUAAGGAAGGUUGUGUAGUUUUUAAAACAACCAGACAUAGCUAAAAAUUUUGUAACUAUAAUUGUCAAAAUUAAGAAAAAUAUAGCCGAAGGGAGUUGAUGUCGCUGGCAUAAUUCUUCCCAGAGCCGAAAUUCUAAUGUGAUAUUUUUUGGUCUAUGAAUAAAAUCAGCACAUCAAACAGCAAAGUAAAAUAUGAUUUGUCAAAACCUUGGCUUUUUGGGGUUCCACAAUAAUCUCAUCCAAUUGAUACGCGUAUGCUAUAUCCUGUGUCGGCCUAUUCUGAGCUUAAAUCCCUGAAAUUUUUGUAGCAUUCACCGGAGCUGUAUGUUGACCGCAGCAGGCAGUAGGUUGCUGAUGUCCAUUUUCUUUGAAUAAGACACCUAGCACAAAUUUUUGUAAAAUUUACUCAGUAAUUAUGUUUGAAAAUAAAGCCUAAGAAAAUUUUUAUGAACAAUGCGAACAAAUUAGGUGCUUUAUUGUCAAUUUUUUUCUUCUUCAAAUAAAAUCGGUCGUGGGAAUACAGUUAAAUUAUGGUUGGGAUGCCACGGCUCGUCAAUGCACCACCAUGGUUACUAAAAGUUUUGACAAUUGGAAGAAUCUAAGCUGAAACUGUUGCUAUUCACAAGCGAAAAGUGUUCUUGAGCUGGAGACAACGCAGAACGCUGAAUUCAAAAUUGGAAAUAACCGACGGGGCUUCUGGAUAAAAGACUUGUUUGUGAGUAAGGAUCUUGAAGUACGACCUGACCGUCUUGAUUUGCAAGCAUGAUGAAAUUGGUAGCAUUCUGUAUGGUAUUUGCCUGCAGCAGUUUGUAUUGUGCGGGGAAAUAUCUCGAUGGACGGCUUGCUGAGACCAAAGUCCUCCCUCUGCAAGUAGAUUGCCCGAGCCCGUAUAAAUACAUCUAUCUCGGGGGGAUAACGUUUAACGGCACAGCAGUAAGUGACUCGUUGUCCUCCAUGGCAAAAGACGAAUGCGACCAGCAGUUAGAGGAACAGAAGAAUAAAGGAGGCUCCAUCGUUUCUUGCUUCCUUACAUUUGGCAAGGCAUUUGCCACACAAGACACGGGUAUGGUCCGGACAGUAUACAAAUGCACAGUGUCUAAGCAAGACAAUGCCCCCGGUGGUGCAGACUGGCUAAAGGGGUCCCGAAGGCGUUCACUAGAAGCCAAGCCAAAUGGUCAAAACCAAAUAACCUUUCGCUGUCCUGGUGUGAACGAAAUUGUUGAGUUGGAGAAAAUUUUCCAAGAAGGUGAAGAAAUGACUGCUGGCUUUGAAAAAAGGAAACUUUAUUUUCAAGAAGAGUGUUACAAACAAACUGUAAGCAAAAUGGCCAAAGGAGAAAAGGGAGCAGUGCAGUGUACAAUACAACUCACUGCUGAGGAGGCAUUUGAUACUGUGAUGCAGUACCGAUGUUCUGAGCCGCCAAUCGCUGUGCAGGGAUCAACAACAGCCAUAUAAGAUAGAAUGAUGACGAAAGAGCUCACUUUAUCAGUUAGGACUGCAUUGUUGAAAUAUAAACAUAAUCAGUAACAAAAAGAAUCAGGACUACUAUCAUUUCGCAAAGACGUUCCAAGGAAAAGUUUUCUUUUGGGGCUUUAUUAAUUGUAUCAUUCAUUUUAGCUUAUUUCUCAGAUUGCAAGAAUGCAACUAAUUAUAUAAUCUAAAAUAGAAAA